AGAUGAAGUCACAGGUUUUAUAAUUUAAAAUUGUUUUUUCUCGAUUUAUUUCAAGUUGGUGUUCUGAUUCUACCAAGAAGAUAUUUUAUUUUUGCAAAGAAAAAGUUGACUUGUAUAUGGAUAUUUAAUAUUUACUUCCAAAAUGCGGAAAAAGGAAAUCACUGCUUUAUGUUUUCUACUUGUUUUUAUACUUUCUGGGUGCAACACUUUCCAAUUCAAGCCUCGUCCGCGGUCACAGGAUGCAACUAAUGAUAGAAAUGCAGUCCUAAGGUGUGGAAUACUGGGUCCUGAAGCUAGCAAUUACAGAAUAUCAUGGAUAAUGAAUGCAGCUGCUAUUAUCAACAAUGAAAGAAGAUACCAAAAUGGUAACAACUUAUAUUUCCGUCCAAUAAAUAAAGAGGAGGACAGUGGAAAGUUUCAGUGUGUUGCAACAAAUAAGAAUAACUCACUUCAUGAGGAAAUAUCAGAUCCUGCUCAGUUUAACAUAAAAUGGAUCGAGGCCGGCUCUGUAGAACUGCGUGUGCCACAACUGAAAACCGAAAUCCUAAACAACACGAAAGUUAUGCUAAAAUGCAAUAUUGACGGCAACCCAAAGCCUGCCAACUACACAUGGUCGGUGAACGGGACCGUGCUCGGUAACAAAUUAACCGGUGUGGAAAUAAGAAACCGUCGACUCAUCAUUACGUCAGCAGUUCUAAGAGCCAACGACGGCCUAUAUACUUGUUGUGCUCUGUCACAUCCACAAGGAAAAAGAUGCACACCAAAAGGACAGGGUUUUCCCUUGCGUGUAAUCGAUCGCCGUAUACCAGUUCUAAUCAAGGGACCUGAAAGCCAGACCGUAAAAAAGAACUCGGAUGUGACGUUUUCCUGCAACUGGGAGGCUGACCCCUCACCCGUGAUCACGUGGUAUUAUGAUGACGUACGCAGUUCACGACCCCUCGCCAACCGAACGAGGUCACAAUCAUCUGAAUGUAGAAAGCGCUGCAUCUUCUCGAACGGUACCAUGCUGCUACGAAAUGUACGCGAAAAGCAGGUCGGGACAUAUUACUGCAAAGCUGGGAAUUCCGACGAUUCUGUUGCGUCUGCAACCUUAAAAUUAGCAGCUAUUCAACAAUUUGGUCGCCAGACCAUCGAAAAAUAUUUUACUGAAGGCGAAAAUUUUGAGUUCACCUGUCAGCCUCCAGAAGCAUCUCCAACUGCUGAACUAGAGUGGUACCACAACGGCAGAAAAAUAGGUGCUGGUCCUGGCCAUGUAUUCAGAACAGCGAACAUUCUUGUUAUUGACGAGCCCCGUGCUUCGGAUGAAGGGACAUACACGUGCAUGGCGAGCAAUAUGGCUGGCAGCGUCAACAUGACACUUGUUCUAACAUUAGCUGUUGAUCCCUCAAUAGCGCCCCUGCCCGACAAAAACGUUAACGAAGGAUAUAAUCUGUCAUGGAAUUGUCCAGCGCAUGGCGUGCCUGACUUGAACAUUGCUUGGUAUAAAGAUGGGAUACCAAUCGCUGAAUCCCCUCCAAAAGUGAUGAUACAAGGCCCAGCACUUCUUAUACACGACGUACAGUUAUCAGAUCAUGGUAGAUACUCUUGCAGUGCUUCCAACACUGUGGGUUCAUCGCAAACAGCCCAUUCAAACACUGCACUUCUCACUGUAAACGAGCGUUUUAAGUUUGUUAAUAAGCUAAGCGACACUUGCAUAACUACGGGAGUGAAACAACAGUUCAAGUGUGGUGUGACAGGGAGUGUAGCUACCCGGAUUCAAUGGACAAAAUUAAACGGCACAAAACCCACCCACGUAUCCUCAGCCCCAGGGUAUUCCACCCUCGUCCUCGGUUCACCCAGCGAAGCAGACACUGGCACUUAUGUAUGUACAGCGUCUGAUACUAGCUCCGGGAAUUCCCUAACCCAAGAAAUGAGGGUGACCGUUGUGCAGCCCCCGGAAAUACUUCACCCACCCAAUAACUUGACCCUGUUCGAGGGUGAAAAGGCGGUGUUCGACUGUGGGGUUGGACCAGGGUUGGCAAAAAUGUUUGACAUGGAAUGGCGGUUCCACCACUUGACGAUGAGCCGUCAUGACAUUCCUACCCGGGGAAACCCCAUCAGGGUAUUUCCCAACGGGUCGCUGGUGAUCCCUCGGGCACGCAUGGACGAUUCUGGGUUAUACACUUGCGAAUAUCGGAUUUGCGAUUUCUGGGUGAGAAGACAAGCGGAAUUGACAGUGGUUAAAGAGGGUCCAGGUACUAUAGAAGACCCUACAGUUCCAGAAGACAAGACAAAUGCAACACAGAUGAUACAAACUAUUGCAUUGUCAGUUAGUGGCGGGGUAGCUUAUAUUCUGGUUACAGUAGCUCUCAUUAUAUACUGCAGAGGGCGACAUAAGAGCAGUGGGAAAAACAGCAGCCAUGUUGAAGAAGAAAUGAAAAUGCUUAACGGUUCGACGUGCAAUGGUGACGGCCGCAUGCGUAGUAACCAUGACGACGAGUUAGUAGCAAAUGGGGUAUCUAUGAACGAGUUGUCGCGCUUGAGUGACGACGUAGUUUACUUACAAUACCCAGCAGAAAACGUGGAACCCCUUACUGUGAUUGGAAAGGGAAAAUUUGGUGAAAUAUUUCUCUCAAAAGCUCCUGGUAUCUUCCCCGACCUUGAAGAGGAUAUAUUAGUAAUGGUGAAGUCAUUCGAUACUGUCAGCAAUUCAAGUGUUGUACCAAAACUAAGGGCUGAGUUUAAUCGCGAGAUAAACACGCUACACCGAGCCAAUCACGACCAUGUUGUAAAACUCUUGGCAAUCAGUUCAUCAGGAAAUCCUCAUAUACCAGAACUUCUCAUAACGGAAUAUCUUGAAUGGGGAAUACUUAAGCUGUGCCUCCAAGCUUCAAAAGAAGGAAAAAUCCCAAAGUUUACAAAAACUCACAAAAUGAAUAUGUGUUGCCAGUUAGCCAGUGGGCUGGACCAUUUACAUAAGCUGGGGUUGCUUCAUAAUGACGUAGCAACUCGUAAUAUUGUUGUGAGCUCACAUCUGCUGAUCAAGAUCUCAAUGUUGGGUUUGUCCAGUGAAGGUUUUGAGAACGAAUACGUUGAACUUGAUGCGAAAACGGUCCCACUGCGAUGGUCGUCACCUGAGGCGCUGUUGGACGGCACAGCGACGCCAAAGACUGACGUUUUUAUGUUCGGUGUCACGUGUUGGGAGAUUUUCACGCUAGGGGAAUUCCCGCACAGCGAUCUGUCGAAUGACGCACUUUUAAAAGCUAUUCGAUCGAAUCAAACACCAACGCUACCGGCGCUAGAGAGCACGAAGCGGAUUACGUCACUUAUAAACAAGUGCUGCCAUGCGUCGCCUAGCAACAGACCGGAAAUGAAACAAAUAAGUAAGAAAUUACAAUCCAUCACAGGUGGCGAAGUAAAACAAAACGGGGCAAAUGGAAUUAUUAAAACAAACGCAAUUGUGACGGCAGACGAAGAUGACGUCAUUAACAAUGACGAAUUUUCAGCCGACGAGAGAUAAUGUAUCCUCACACGUUUUGGUGCAAAUCAUAAAAAUCGCAUUUUUUGGGGGAUGCGUUUCAGCGUGUUGAGAUUUUUAUCUGGAGGGUUGUUUUUUCUCCGUUACGAUGUAACAGAGUACACUGUGACGUAAUAAACGCUUCGCCGGUCGGGCAAGUCGGUCUACUUUGCAUUACGCGAACAUUGUUUUGAACUUAGAGUCGAUAUUUAUUUUUUGUGUCGCUGUUUUUAGCAAAUAUAUUGAAUAAAGUCGUUUUUUCACGCGUUUUAUACAAUCGUCCAUUUUUGUGCACUAAGCACUUUUUGUGCACAGGUUUUAAUAAAUUGAAAGUGUAUUUUAAAUGCAUUAAGUACGAUUUAAGCGACUGUCAUUCACAAAAAUUCGCUCUUAUAAUAAGGUAUUAUUUUUUCUGUUGAUUAAAAUAGCACAUCCGAAAAAAUACGUGCUCAACCAUAUUUUUCUACGUGCUCAACUAUUUUUUUUGUUUAUUUUAAAUCAUAUAAAAGAUUUUCUCUAUUCUCUCGUUUCCCAAGCUUUUAUCGAUGUCAACCGUACGUUUUUACCUCGCUUGCUUCCCCUGUAAAGUUUUCUACCUGUCCGUGUCAACCGGUGCCAUUCCCGCUUUACCUAUAUGUAUGUUUUAACGCGUUGUGAAAAUUCAAAAUGGCGCCGAAAUAAAAUUCUAAUCAAUUCGUA